AUGCAAGUCAGACGGGAAGUGGUGUUUUCAGCUGUUGUUCCCCUCCCAAGGGCAAGUUCUUUCGCGUUACUCACCUGUCCGAAGAGUUUUAUAAUGUCCUCAAUUUUCGUCGGUGUCCUCGUCGAGGGUUGCGGCGUCGCCAUGGUUGGGGGAGAUGCGACAAAUCGGGACAUGGACGACAUUUUGAGGAGAUUGGUUUAUAUUCGUACUGAUAUUGAAGUGAAGCCGGGUACUAAAGAAGCCUCUAUUCAUGCACAUAAAGCCCUAUUGAUGGAGGCCGUAAAAUCGAGCAUCUUCAGAAACAUCCUCGACUCGGAAGACAAAGCCCCGCCUAACGAGUCAAUAACAUUGUCCAAAAUGACCAACGAAGAGCUCCACUCUCUCAUCGAGUUCCUGCUAUACAGAGGGAAUCUCCCGAAAGAGAUGAUCGAAAGAAACUUGUACUCGUUGGCAGUGGCUGCAAACGAAUACGAUAUAGCGCCCCUCCGAAAGGUAUGUGAGCAUCACCUUAAGGAAUCCUUGAGCACUUGCAACGCGCUCGAUAUUUUAGAAUUGUCGGACAGGUGUUCGUUCAAAUCACUGAAAGAUGCCACAUUGGAUUUCAUUGCAAAAAACUAUAAGGACAUCUUUUUUGCCAAGGGAUACGUUGAUUUCACGAUCCAGAAUCAGCAUUUGGCCCGGGCGAUUACAAGGGCUAGGGCUUCCUCUAUCAAAUAA